UUUGACUACUUGAUUAAAUACUAAUCUUUCCUCCAAAAUGAUUUUUUUGAGCCGAUACCAUGAGCCCUAAAAUCUAAGUUUCUUUUUCUCUCGGCCCAUUUAGCUGCAAACCGAAAAUGAGAGAGAUCAUUCUGAAGCUAAAGGUCACAGCUUCAACAACAUUCCAGAUGGGAAUAAAUUGAGAUAUGAGCCUAUCCAUCUCCCAUCAAUAGAGGUCUGAAAACGACGUGGACACACGUCAGAGAAAUCUCUACUACAACUCUGAUGACUCAUCAAACCCUAUUUUUCUUACUGCAAGCUCUUUGUAUUUUCUUUUUAUUCUUAUCAAAACCGGUCCAUUUAUGAUUCUCACGAUUACUAUUAUCUCUUAGAGUAGUAACAAAAAGAUUGUCACAAAAGAUAUGUUGAAGAUAAGAGAGGGAAAAAGAAAAGACAAAAGAUUACGUAAGCAGUAAGGUACUUAGGUAAGACAGUUACUUAAACACAGGAAGAUAAAACGACAGAACAUGUGAGAUUCUCUUAAAACCUGUCGGAAAAGUUAAAGAUGCUGGAAGGGAAAGCAAAGGUGGAAGACACAGAUAUGCCAGUGAAGAUGCAAAUGAAAGCAUUGAACAUUGCUUCUCAAUCUCUCGAUCUUUUUGAUGUAUCUGACUGUCAACCUAUCGCUGCUCACAUCAAGAAGGAGUUUGAUGAGAGAUAUGGAAGUGGAUGGCAAUGUGUGGUGGGAUCAAACUUUGGGUGUUUCUUCACACACUCUAAAGGAACUUUCAUCUAUUUUCAUUUGGGGACCCUCAACUUCCUCAUCUUCAAAGGCGCCACCCUUUAGCUUCUUACCCCAUAUUUUAAUUUUCUUUUUCUUGUAAACCGAGAAGUAGCUUUUGUUUGUGUAGGACACUGUGGUUUUGUUCUUUCCCUUUCCCUUUCUGUAGAUAGAUAAUGUUUUUUCAUGUAAACU